GUUCCAGCCAGUCAAAGUCGGUUUCUUUUUUUUUCGUAGCUGCACGUUGCCCUUCUCCGAUGUGUUGAUAUCCACCAGUUAAUUUUUUUUUUGGUCGCCCGUUUCCCUUUUGUGAGCCUUUCCUGCGCUCCCCACACUCCUUCAACUUCAUGUACCGCCCGUAUACCCAAAGGCAUGUGGCGCAAACAUUGAAUAAUCGUUUCCCAUACACCUCGCUGUUCCCCCGGAAAGGAUCAGCCAGAGCUUUGCCAUCUCCAUUCCUCGUCUCCACUCGACUGUCCUACCACAGCAGAUCCAACAAGAAGACUUCAGAUCCCUUUGCCGACGCCUUUGAGUCAAAGUUUGAGGACAAGUUUGAGUCCAAGUUCAAGUCGAAGAUUGUCGAUUCGCGGCAGGCAAAGACUGGUUUCAUCAACAACAAACACGAAGCCAAGCGUCGAUUAUUGAACAGGGACGCCCCGCUCGCCACCUCGAAUCGGACCAAGACACCGUCCGCCGCAUUUUCUCGACGAGAGACCGACUGUUUUCCCAGAGAGGCCGAGUCCUUUGGAAGAGACGUAGAACCAUUUCGCAGAGACGAGCCAGUUCGCAGAAGCACAGAACACUCCGGUAGAGACGAGCCUUUCCGCAGAGACGACAGAGACGAACCCUCUCGCAGAAAUAGAGAACGCUUCCACAGAGACGAGCCCUUUCGCCGCGACGAGGAGCCUUUCCGCAGAGACCAGCCCUCCCGCCGAUACGAAGAGCCCUUCAGCAGAGAACGUCGCAGAGAUAACGAGCCCUUUCAGCAAAAAUACGCUCUGUGUACAAACAAACGCGGCACACGCCCACUGCCCACGGCAGAUUUCUUGGCCUCAAUCGUAGGGCACAAAUACCCCGGUGGUGUCGCCAGGAGAAGCGUCGUCCGUGGUGAUCCAGAAUCGUUCCCCAACAAACGGGUAUUCUGCCUACCGGCCAAUUGGAACAAGGUCUCGGCGGAAAUUAAAGACUCUUGGAUCUACUGCGCCGACUUGAUUCAGGGGCCAGAGACGAAACAGACAGAGUACACAAAGCUAGGAGAGCCUGGAGUCCGUGCCGCCAUGACGAACUACGUCCAGAUCGCGGCGACGCCGACGGCGGAUACGGGCCCGGCCCUGAUGCUGCACUUUGACCAGCGCCGCUACCUAUUUGGCAACAUUGCGGAGGGAACACAGCGAGCGUUGAGCCAACGUAAAGUGAGCUUGGGCAAGCUGGAGGUCAUGUUUAUAUCGGGCGCGACCAUUCAGCAGAACACUGGCGGCAUGAUUGGCAUGAUGCUUACGGUUGCGGAUGUUCUUGACGGUAGCAGGAGAGAGGUGCACGAGAGGAACCAGGCGAGGAAGGGCACGGGAAAGAAAUUGAUCGCGCCCAAGGGUCCCGGGCGAAUCGAGAUCCACGGUGCCCAGAACCUCGCAUACUCCGUCGCAACAGCGAGAGGUUUUGUGUUCAGGAAGGGACUUCCGAUUCGCGCCGUUGAGCUGUACGAGGAUCCGAGAAUCGCCGACCCCGACGCCACCAUUCCUGACUGGCAGGACGAGCUCAUUCAAGUCUGGAAAGUUCCCAUCGCCUCCGAUCAUGUCAACAAGUCUCGUAAGAGAAGUCACGAGGUCAUGACGGCGGAAGAUGAAGGCCUAUCGAACCCGGCUGGCGCUGUUUCUCCCGAGGAGCAGGCUCUCAUUGACCGGGAAGCGAUCCAGGGUGUCGUCGAGGGCAUGUUCAACUCCAGCUGGACCAUGGACAAGUUGUACGAGACGAAGCUUUCCCAGGUCAACCUCCCCGCCACCAUCUUCGUCAGAGAGGACGGCAACAUCAAGAAGUACGAAGGCCCCAUGCCGGGCGGCGAUGAACCUGUGCCCGACCUUGACGUCCUUGUACGGUACCCUUGGCCGGCGGCCACAGUUGACAAAUUGCCCGCCGCCUCCAUCUCAAACAAUGCCGUCACCUAUAUCGUCAAGAACAAGGGCCGAAGAGGCAAGUUCAACGCGGCUGCCGCAAGGGAGCUGGGCGUAAAGCCCACUGACAACAAGAAACUCACCGACGGCGUGUCUGUCGAGGGCAAGGAUGGCAUUACAGUAACUCCCGAGAUGGUCCUCGACGCGCCGAUCAAGCCUCAGGGCUUCACAGUCAUCGAUAUCGCAGACGCAUCCUACAUCGACUCGUUCCUCGGCAGAUCAGAAUGGCAGAAUGCCAACUUGAUGGAUGGCGUACGAGUCUUCAACUGGAUUCUUGGGCCGACCGUCAUCGACGACCCGAGAAUCCAGAAGUUCAUGAAGGAACGACCGGACGUCAAGCAUCUCGUCAUGUCUACCGACACCAGUCCCAACAUGCUGGCGUUGGAAUCGUACGCCAUCCUCCACGGCUACCUGAGACAGAUCGACCCUGAUCGCUUCCCGGAACUUGCCUACGACAACAAGGUCCGGGACCUUUCGUAUAUCGGCCCCAACGUGGAGACUGCUCGCGUCGGCAUGAAGGCGAAGCUAUCACCUGUUUACGAGCUCGUCGAAGAUGAGAUCGUGCCCCCAAUCUUCAAAUUCAAGGGCCACAGCAUGGAAGCGGGUGUUAUAAAGCUUGCCAAGGAAGCCGCGGACAAGAUCAAGGAGCCUGCGUUCCUCAAGGAGAUUGAGGAAAUUGAGCACGAUAUCCCUAAUCGCGACACAGAAAUCAUCCCUCUCGGCACUGGAUCUGCUGUACCAUCAAAGUACCGCAACGUCUCGGCAACCCUGGUCCGGGUACCGCAGUACGGCAACUACCUCUUCGACUGCGGCGAGAACACUCUCGGCCAGCUUCAACGAACAUUCGGGGCCGAAGAAACAAUCAAGAUCCUCCAGGAGACCCGCUGCAUCUUCAUCAGCCACAUGCACGCCGACCACCACCUCGGAACCGCACGAUUCCUGCGCGCCUGGAACGAAGCCACCAUCAACCUCUCUCCCCAACCCUACCUCGGUCUCAUCGGCCCUUGCGCUAUGCAGUACUUCCUGAUGGAGUACAGCCGCAUCGAACCCAUCGCCUUCGGACGCGUCAAGAUCAUCAGAAAGGGCCACUUCUACCCCCACGACGAAGGUCACCUCCCCGCCGGCUGCCCAACACGCCUCGCCUCCGCUCAGCUCGUCCCCGUAAACCACUGCAAGGACGCCUACGCCGGCGUGUUGACCUGGCCCUCGGGCCUCAAGAUCGCUUACUCUGGCGACUGCCGCCCCAGCAAUUAUCUCGUUAAGGCCGGCAAGGGCGCGACGCUGCUGAUUCACGAGAGCACUUUCGACAAUGACAAGAAGGGCGACGCGAUUGCCAAGAAGCAUAGCACGCUAGGCGAGGCCCUGAAAGUGGCGAGCAACAUGGGCGCGCGCCGCGUGCUGCUCACGCACUUUUCGCAGCGGUACGCUAAGCUGCCGCUUGUCGAGGAUCGCAAGACGGAUGAUGGUGCUGAUCAGGCUGUGUUGAUGGCGUUUGAUCAGAUGAGGGUGAAGUUGGGCGAGUUCCGCCAGGCGCAGGCUUUCUUGCCUGCUAUCAGCCGCUAUGUGGAGUAUGAUGCCAUGAGGCAGGAUGGGGAUGGGGAUGGGGAUGAAUAGACAAACACACACCACUCUUAAUAGACUUGGACGAACGUGUCCUUUUACGUUUGCGUA